AUGGGCAGGGCCAGCAGCGGGCAGAGGGGGUCAGGCGGAGAAAGAGAAGCAGCAGCGGGCAGAGGGGGUCAGGCGGAGAAAGAGAAGCAGCAGCGGGCAGAGUGGGUCAGGCGGAGAAAGAGAAGCAGCAGCGGGCAGAGGGGGUCAGGCGGAGAAAGAGAAGCAGCAGCGGGCAGAGGGGGUCAGGCGGAGAAAGAGAAGCAGCAGCGGGCAGAGGGGGUCAGGCGGAGAAAGAGAAGCAGCAGCGGGCAGAGGGGGUCAGGCGGAGAAAAAGAAGCAGCAGCGGGCAGAGGGGGUCAGGUGGAGAAAGAGAAGCAGCAGCGGGCAGAGGGGGUCAGGUGGAGAAAGAGAAGCAGCAGCGGGCAGAGGGGGUCAGGUGGAGAAAGAGAAGCAGCAGCGGGCAGAGGGGGUCAGGUGGAGAAAGAGAAGCAGCAGCGGGCAGAGGGGGUCAGGUGGAGAAAGAGAAGCAGCAGCGGGCAGAGGGGGUCAGGCGGAGAAAGAGAAGCAGCAGCGGCUAGACACCCUGGACCACACCGCACCAGACUACACCACCACCCGACUACACCACCACCCAACUACACCACCACCCAACUACACCACCACCCAACUACACCACCACCUGACCACACCGCACCCGACUACACCACCACCAGACCAGAUCACUUCCUGUAG